UAUUCGACGAACACUUAAAGCAUGGCGCUGUCUAAAGUUACCGCUGCAAUAGCAGAAAUACCCAGUAGUGUGAAGCUUAUUGGUGGAACUGUGGUUGCUGGAGCAGUCUUGAUAACUGUCCUGAAAAAACUUAGAUUCUGGCAGACAGAGAGAAAGGAGUAUCCCCCAGAUACCAUCGUUAUCUGUCAGAUGGGUCGUGGUCCUUACGUCCCUAGUCUCACGCCUUUUGCUAUUAAACUUGAGACAUAUCUUCGGUUGGAGGGCAUACCUUACGAGGUUGAACAUAACUUGCUUAGGAAAAGUAAGAAAACAGGAAAAGUGCCGUUUUUACUGUACAAUGGAGAAGAAGUUUGCGACAGUGAGUUUAUUCUCGAGUUCCUCAGUAAGGCGAAACAGUUUGAUCUUCACAAAUGCCUUACAUCGGAACAGAUUGCGAUUGGCAGAGCCUUUCAGAAAAUGGCAGAGGAAAAUACUUACUGGUGUUUUGUAGCAGAUAGAUGGAUUCUUGACAAAACCAAAACAGGACUGAAAGAAUUAGGUCUUCCACGAUUUCUAUGGUGGAAAAUGCAAAGAACUAUUAAAGGAAUGAUACAUGCUCAAGGUAUAGGACGGCACACACCUGAAGAGAUCAAUUACAUCAUGUCAGAAGAUCUGAAAGCCAUUUCUGAUUUUAUUGGAACAAAGAAAUUUCUUUUUGGUGACAAAGCGUGCAAAUUUGAUUGUGCUAUUUUUGGAAUUCUGGCCGAGAUACGAUGGGCGUCGUUCGGAGGAUUUGGAACAUCAGUUAUUAAAAACUAUCCUAAUCUGUGUGACUACUGUGAACGGAUGAAGAACACUUUCUGGCCUGACUGGAAUGAGAAGAUACAAAGAGACUGUACCAAGUAGUGAAGUGUACACUCGGUCAUAAUAAGACUGAUUAUUGAGGACCAGCACAUAGCGGAUGUGAUUGAAUGUGUUUGUUUAUAGUCUAUUGGACGUUGGGUACUUGUUUAACAUUUAUUUUCAAAGGUUGAUUAACUUUACCCUUGCUAUUAUUUGUUUACAAUAGUUUUUA